AGUUAGCUUUUAGGACCCGUGUCUGAUUCGGCCGAAUCCUGCAUGCCUUCAGUGCAAGAAUUACAAUUAAGUUGAAAAUGUGUAAUAGUCACAUGAAAUUAUUAUGACGGUUGAUUGUUAUAUUUUUGAAAAACACUGUUCGGACUGCAACGUUUUAAAUAAUGAUUGUUAUAGUAUUUAUAAACAGGCACUAUUAUAGCGCCCCUAGUCCUAAAAGAGGUCCUUAAAAGUUGCUUCCGCAAACAAUAUGACAGUCUAAAGAGCGAUGUACUGAAUUAAUACGUUCGGCAGAAAUUUUAAUCAUACUCUAAAUAAUUUGAUGCAUUUUACUAUUUUUUACAUCGUGGUCUUCUUGUUAACAUGUCGUUGUUCGACUGUAAACGGCGAGAAUGCUUGCGGUUCUUUAAUGGAGUGGCUCCAGUCCUCUACCGUUUCAGUGGAUAUCAAGAACAAGGGUUUCCACAGGGAGGUAGAGACCACUGUUGAGCUUCACCAUGAUGCGUUCAAGGACAUCAGAGUUUUGCUGCUUUAUAAAUGGCCCCGUGGCGUCUAUGUGGACCCCUACCAGCUCUCUUUCCUGGCUGAAAAAGUUGACUGGCAGAUCUUAGUAGACUCGGCUAUUGAUCUGGAGGUUCCUGCGCACCAGGCUUCAGGAUUCGUCACGUACGUUUACCCCGCCCUCAGCGAGCGGCCGAAAGUCACCAUUCCAGUCCACGGCCGCUAUCACCGGCCCUCCUUCGUCGGGAAAGCGUUUGAAUCCGUCACCAUAGAAGCUCCGCGGCUGCUUUUGCGGACAGAAGAAUGUUCAAAGUGGGACAAUUUAGAGCCGCACGCUGUGAUGGAGGCCCCCUGCACCGCUGACAAUGCAAGCACGUGCCUGUGGAUUGACGUGAACCAACAGAAGCACGGCCAUGUUCGCUUGCAGCUACCGAUAGGGGACGGGUCCUUGGUGAGAGCGGUGUGCACGAUAACGCUGCUGGUCACCAUCACGUGCUGCUUGGCACUCUCCAAGUACAUGUGGAAGCAUCGCCUAGUUUAACGAAUCACUCUGCUUUUUGUGCUCGGUACAGAUUCACGUAGAAAAAAACCUAGUUUCUGAAUGAUAAACAA